UAUCCGAGACAAGCUGACGCCCAUCACAAUGCGGCUGCGCACGGAGCUCAUCCAGACUGUGUCGACUCAGUCACUUCUCUUGCCUGUACUAAACGGUAGCAGGCCGGCCAACGUCACCAAGGAUGUGCAAAUCCGGAAGAACUGCGGCGGAGACGGCGUGUGUGUCCCAGAUUUAAAGCUCAGGGUUACACCCAAUAUGGAAGAGUUCCUGAUCGGCAGCACGGGCAACGUAGAACUCUCGAUGGCCGUUGACAACCGCGGUGAAGAUGCUUUUGAGACAAUGAUGUUCAUCACCAUUCCUCCGGACCUCAACUAUGUCAAGGUCGAGAAAGGGAAAUUGGACCCGGUGACUUGUGGUGGCGCACAGAAACUGGCGUCGGGUGACAGCCAGGUGGCGUGCGACGUGCAGAACCCUCUUGCUGCGGGCAAGAAGGCGCGCUUCAAGGUCAUUCUCGCUCCCGCCAGGCUCGUGCCCACAGCGUCUGAACUCAACAUCACCGUGCGAGUAAACAGCACCAACCCCGAAGUAGAGGCGGCCUCCAAAGACAACAUCCUCGUUGUUCAGCUUCCAGUGACCGUGAAAGUCAACAUGACUGCCAGAGGGACUUCAUUCCCUCCCGAAGUGUACCUCAACGUGUCCCUCAUAGAGGACAAAGAGGUGCAGACUUCGGAUGACAUCGGACCACCGGUUAAGCAUGUUUACGAGCUCAUCAACCGUGGUCCCAGCGUGGUGCAAGAGGCCGACGUGUACCUGGUGUGGCCGACGCACAACGUGCACGACCUGCCGCUGUUAUAUUUGCUCGAGCCCCCCACGGUCCAAGGUCCCGGGAACGCGGCCAAACGGAGGUCCUGUGACGUCAUCUCGCCCGCUGGACCAAACGAAGCCGUCGACCCUAAGCGUCUAGCGGGAUCAUCCAGAAGGCCCCGAGACUCUUCUUCGGCUAGAGUGCGUGUCCACCGUGAUAUCAGGGAAUACGAACUGGAAUCUGAAUUGGGCUGCGGCGAGCUCCCCCGGUGCGCUGUGUUCCGGUGCCCACUGGGCGGGUCGCUGUCGGCGGGUGACCGUGCCGUGGUCAGUGCCGAGUCGCGGCUGUGGCAGCGCACGGCGGCCGCCAUGGGCCAGGAGCGGCUGCGCAUCUCCUCGAAGCUGGUGGCGCGAGUCGCCUCCCUCCAGUACGGCCUGCCGCCGGACAACGUGCCCCUCACGCAGCACUUC